AUGGAGACCGGCAGUCCGGACGGCUUGUUACGCCUUCAAGCAGCCAGUGUCCCUUACCCCAGCACCGAGGAGACGACGCACUUGUCUACCGAGUGGCUACAGCAGAUUACUCCAGAGUCAUCGUUACAUAUGCCCUUGGCCAUGGUCCUGGAUCAGGACGCCCCGCAUCAGUCCACACCCGACCUCGACCUCAUCAGCGAGCUCAUCAGCUAUUCCACAAGCGAUGUCCUGUGGGAAUCAUACCUGGAGCCCAUGACCGUCCCUCCCCUGAGUCACUCUCCGCGCAAAUCCUCCAGUUGCGGGCGCAACAUCCCCCUUGUCUCUCUAUGCCCAGGGCAGCCACGGCAUUGGGGGGAAGAUUGGAGCGGCCAGAUGCGCCUCAGCCUGCAGCAAUUCGAGCAGACGCUCAAUUCCCGAGAGCCGUGGAAUACCAGCAGCACUGAGUCCAGUGCCUCCUCGAUCGCCACACCCCCGGCCGUAGACCCUAUUACGGACACCACGCGCGAUAACCUCCUGGUGGUGACUCAACUACUACUGAUGCAGACCCGCAACAUCCACUCGCGGGAACAUAGCAGCCACGGCCGAAGACUCAGUCCACUCAACCUCACCAUCGUGACCCUACCUCCAGCCAAGGCGCUAGAUGACCUACUACGAGCCCAGGUCUCCUGCUUCGAGCAGUAUUUUGGCCUGUCGAGCGAGGAGCUGCAAGACCCAAACACGCUCAUGCAUGAUCUUCCGCACGACGUCAAGGCAGCUGGCAUACUACUUCUGCUGAUGAUCGCGAUCGGGGCCACAGCUUCCCCGGCCCCAGAACUGCAUAUCUUCGCGACCGGCUUGGCGGAGACGUGUCGCACUGCAUUGUCCGAUAUGAUGGAAGGAGACGUGGCCAGCACGAGGCCGGAUAUCGUGUCUCAUUGCGCUCUUUUGCUGCUUUAUCUGGGGAUGUGGUCUGGUGAACGAUGGCUCAUGCGGUUACUACACCGAAAACCUCCUUCUCUUGACAACGGCGACACUCCUAGCCUUCUUAGCAGCAGUCUAGGCCUCAACCAACAAUGGGCGCAAUGGAAGGAGGAGGAGAUGAACUCGCGGCUCACGUACGCGUGGGUCGUAACAGAUCAAGAAUGGAGCCUGUUCUACGACACUCCACUCAGCUUCUCCGUGGACACGCUGACCGAGUCACUACCCGCCGACGACCGACUGUGGAAGGCGGGCUCCGAGAGUGACUGGGCACGUCUCGCGCCCGAGGUCUUCGCGACGCAACCCCCGAUCUGCCUGCGCGACCUGUAUACCUGCUUCAUGAACGGCGAGCUGCGCCCCGGGCGAGGCACGCGGCUGCCCCUGCAUUAUCUGCGCCUGCUGCUCGUCCCUUUGCAUGGGAUGGUCUGUCACCUGCGCCAGUGGCUGCAGUCCUUCCCUAACUGCCCGGUGCGCUGGCGCAAAAGCACCCAGGGGCUGUCUAACCCGGCCAUCCACGCCCAGCUCGACCAGGUGCAGGCCCUGCUGCCCGAAUGGUUCAACCUGGCCGUGCACUCGGCCAACACCAACUCGCCCGCCGGCCUGGCCAUGCUGGUCAUGUACCACCUGAUCGCGCUGAACGCGAUGGCGAGCUUCCCCAGCAUCGAGGCCGCGCUGCUGCGGGGGCCCCCCGCGCGCCCGGAGGCCCCCAACCCACGGGGAUCGGGCCCGUGCCCGCUGGGCGCCUGCCCGGCGACCAUCGCCCAUGACAGCGAGGAGGAGGCGCUCGUCCACUGCGGCCAGAUCCUGCGCCUGGUGCGCCUGAUGCCCCCGGCGGACCAGCCGCUCUGGUGGUCCGCCGUGGUGUACCGCGUCGCCCUGAUCACCAUGUUCCUGUCGAUGAAGCGCCACCCGCACGACUGGCUGCCGGCGCUCAUGCUGGGCCCCGUCGAGGCCGCCAGCCUCGCCUCCUCCUCGACCACCAGCAGCUCCAGCGGCGCUAGCUCCAGCAGCAUCAUCUCCAUGAUGAGCAGCUCCGCCUCCGCCUCCGUCAGCGACCGCGGCGCCACCGUGCCCCCGCAGCUCCGGUCCGUCGUUCUGAACGACGUCCCGGCCGACCACCCCGCCCUGCUGAACUUCAUCAAGUACAAGGAGGGGGAGCCCGUCCUCGCCGAUCGCGACGGCCAGCUGGUGGAGUUGCGCCGCCCCCGCGAGGUCCUGCGGCUGUACAUCGACCUCGCCGACGUGCAGUACCGGCCUGUGCUCCGGGCCACGCGGUUCCAAGCUAGCGUCAAGGAUUCUUUGGAGCAAUUGGCUGACCUGUGGGGGUAUUUAUCUCCGGCCUGA